AUGCCACCAAAGAACCAGAGCAAACAGGAGAAAGGACAACAAAGGGCCUUAGAAAAGCAGAAACAAAAGAUUAUUGAGGACAAAACAUUUGGAUUAAAAAACAAAAACAAAAGUAAAAGCGUACAAAAAUACAUAAAAUCUGUAACUUCUCAAAUAAACAAUUCAAAAGGAGGGCAAGUUAACCAGGAACUUAAGGCAGCACAGGCUAAAGAAGAAAAAAAGAAACAGGCACAACAACAAGCUCUUUUAGCUGCUCUUUUUAAAGGUACUGAAAAUAUAAAGAAGGUUUCUGCAGAAGAUACACGCAAAGUCGACCCUUCAACCAUUAAAGCAGAGCAAAAAAUUGACCUAUAUAUUGACCAAAGAGAUCAAAAGCAAAAUUCAGGUUUAAAAAAGACUCCUUUAACCCAAGAACCAACUUCAUUUAGUACAGACAUUAUAUGUAAACAUUUUCUUUCAGCUGUUGAGAAGAAACAGUACGGAUGGUUUUGGGUAUGCCCAGAAGGAGGGGACAAUUGCAAGUAUCGUCAUUGCUUACCAGCGGGUUAUGUAAUUAAAGAGCAGGAAAGUGAUGAUGGCGGAGACAUAGAAGGUGAAGAAGAGACACUUGAGGAAAGGAUUGAAAGGCAAAGGCUUGAGCUUCCAGGCCCAGGAACACCUGUUACUUUUGAAACAUUUAUGGAAUGGAAAAAGAGAAAGGAAAAAGAAGAAGAGGAGAAAACUAAGGCGGAUGCAGCAAAGCAAGGAAAACAAAUGUCUGGACGAGAUUUAUUUGUUUACGACCCAUCAUUGUUUGUUGAUGAUGAAGAUGCUGCUGGAGGCGACACCUAUGAAAUUGACGAAGAUGCGUUCCUUUCUGAUGAUGAACUUUUAGAGCCGAGCACUUAUAACGAAUCUUCUAAAGGAGAAGAAGAAAAUGAAGGAGUAAGCACUGAAAAUGAUCAGAAAGACAAAAAUUCGUCAGAAGUUAAGAUAAAUCAUUCUAUUUUCCAAAAUGAAAUAGACUUGCCAGAAGAAUAA